AUGCAAGAAGAAAGCGCCGACUCUUCCCUACCGCUCGUGGUUGACAGAGCAGGGAGUCUUUUUGAUGCUCCUGCUGGAUCCGGACUGAUUCACGCCUGCAACUCUGAAGGUUCUUGGGGUGCUGGGAUUGCAAGGGCGUUCAAGCUCAAGUACCCUGCAGCCUACAAAGCCUACCGCAACCACUGCUCAAAAUUCAAAAUCAACAAAGCAAAUCACAUGAUCCCCGAUCUGAGAUCCGAGGAUGGUUCUGUUGUUUCUGUUCCAUACCCCGAUGGGUCGGCCCUGAUCAUCCGCCCACAGGCGGAGGAUCAUACUAGCCCGAGAAAGAAGGGUUACUGGAUCAUAUGCCUUUUCACCUCUCGUGGUUAUGGAAAGAAGGUUGAUUCUCCUACAAUGAUUAUGAACAAGACAGCAGCAGCUCUUUACGACCUGAAGGCACAAAUGAAUGCUCUACAGGUGGAGCUUCGAGACCCAGCUUCUGUCCCAAGUCUGUAUGCUUGUCGUUUUAAUUCUGGUCUCUUUAGGGUCCCUUGGAAGCGUACAAAGGCUCUGAUACAGGAAGUGGGCAUCUCUAUGACUGUCGUGGCUCCGGAUGAACAAAUUGAGAAGUCGGACGAGGAACUUGAGGAAGGGUGGGGGGAAGAGAGCAAAGCUUGA